AUGCACAGACGGGUUGUCCAGACUGUAGCUGCGGCGUGGAAGUGGAAUGGAGAGACAGAGGGGGAGCGUGAUUACGAAGGAGGCUCGCGGAGUGCAGUGGCCUCUAACGGCGCGGGCCAGCGACUGUCCUCACACCACGACCGCGAUUACAGCCUUCACGUCCAGACCACCUUUGAUGCACCCGCCCCUCCCAUCCUAGCCUCACAACCCAAUACCACCUCAGAACAGCCGCGAGAACGCCCAUCGUGGAGACGCAUGAGCUCACCAGGCGGACGCUCCUUUGCAAGCCUCUCCAGCUUGGACGACGGCGAUGGCAGGCUGCGCACAAGUCCAGAGAGCAUACGUGCCAGCCCAGAGAGCAUGCGGCGCAGCAGUGCGUCACUGGGGCGCGUCGUAGAAGAAAAUGAUGCGUAUCCGGACGACGAGGUGCACAAUGCGGAUGUACGUCCCAAUGAGGACGACGAAAACGAGGACUACGAGUGGGAGCUGCAGGAGCGUGGCUUCUAUAACGGUCAGAUCCCCCUUUCUUUCUUCAUAUAUCUUUUGUUAUCGUCUUACGCGCAAAUGCAUGUCAUCCGUUCAUAUUCCCGCUUCAUAACCCUCUAUACUUUCGUACCCCUCACCGCCCUGCUCACCUUUAUCGUGCUCGUCGUCCUACCGCUCCUUUUCUGGCCCGCGUCCGCAGAUCCUCACCCCCAUACACGCUACUUCCCCUCUCCCCUCCCCGAAUUCCUCCUCUCCUCCUCCCUCUUUGCUCUCUCCCACCUCCUCCGCCUCCCGCUAUACACCCUCUCCUCCAUCCUCCUCUCCCCCUUCCACUCCACCACCGCCUCCACCGUCCUCUCCACCACUCUCUCCGUCAUCCUCUCCACCCUCCUCCGCCUCUCCGCCCUCGCCCUCCUCAACGUCCGCCAUGCCAUGGACUAUCCCUACCCAACAUGGAAAGACCCCGCGUUCGGCAGGGUAUGGUGGCUCUCGCUCAAUGUUGCCGAGGUCGUGAUUGCGAUUGUGCAGGGGUACGAGCAGGUGGCGCUCUAUCGCGACGUUAUGGUCCCUGAUGGGCGAGAAAAGGAGUUUUUAGAAGGCCUAAGAAAUGCAGAGGGCCUCAACGGGAAUGGGAAUGGGCGUGUAAUAGGGUACGGGAGAAAGCCAGUAGUGGGACAGGUGUUUGACGAACCCCUUGAUGCGGCUGACGCACAUGCAAACGCAGAUGGGGCCCCUGGGGGAUACGACGUCGAAGGUGGAGAUGCCAAUGGCAGAAGUGGCCAGGCGCGAGGAGCGGACAACCGUGCUUGGGCGCUCUCCUCCCAGAUCGACCACGACUUUGACCAGCUCCUCGCUCUCAAAGCGAGGGAAGAGCUCGAGGAGGUGUAUGGUGUGCCUGUCAUAGUGCGUCAUUCCUCCCUUCCCUCCAAGUCUUCGUCUAAACUUGAUAUUGACUACUUGCUUUUUAUUUUGAACAAUAGAAAAUACCGAUAUUCAUAUCCUGUCUCCAACGCUCAACUCCAUCAUCUCUCGUCGGACUCACCCUCUCUCUCAGCGUCUACUACGCUGCUUCCUUCUCCUUUCACGGCCCACUCUCC